ACGCUACAUUGCGUGCAAACUGUUUGAAUUGAGUAUUUACUUAGUCAUAAAAUAAUGAUCAAUCAGUUGUUUAUUGACGUCCACUCAGAUUAGAUGUCUGUAUGAACAAACAUUAUUUAAGUUUUCGAUACAAAGCUUUUCGGUGUAUUAACAGUCACAGAAUAAAGUGCGACAAAAUGUACAAAUUUUUCUGUGCAUUUUUCAUUCCGUUGCUCACGUUGGGUGGCAUUCAUUGUGCUGGUAAUCCGCUUGUUAGGAUAACUUCAAAUGGUCCUGUCGAAGGUAUCGAGCAAACGAGUUCAUUAGGUCAAACGUACUAUGCAUUCAGAGGAAUUCCAUUUGCCGAAUCGCCGAUCACUGGGAAAAAUCCGCACACAGGCAAAGAGGUCGAUCUGAGAUUCAAGGCACCAGUGCCACUGAAACGAAUAUGGACUGAGAAUUUAAAAGCACACAAUUUCGGUGGCUUUUGUAUACCUUCACUUUUCGGAAAUAUCACAGAUGACUCAACGACAAGCGAAGACUGCCUAUUUGUCAAUAUAUAUGUGCCAAGUGGUGGUGCGGAAAAGAAAACUGUUCUAGUUUCGAUAUAUGGGGGCGGUUUUGUUCUGGGCGAUGCCAGUGACUUGACAUACGGACCCGACUUUCUUCUAUCUCAAGACAAUAUUGUCGUGACUGUACAAUAUCGAAUCGGUAUCUUUGGAUUCUUGACCUUGGCUUCUGGUGAAUAUACCGGCAAUAUGGGUUUGAAAGAUCAACAAUUGGCUAUUAAAUGGGUGCAUGGAAAUAUUGAAGCUUUCUCGGGGAAUCGGAAUGAGAUUUUGUUGUUUGGGGAAAGUGCUGGUGCAACAUCCGUUGGCUUACAAAUGCUGAAUGUAGAAUCCCGCAAGUAUUUCAAUCGAGCCUAUCUAGGCAGUAGCUCAGCUUUCAAUUUCUACGCCAUAUCAAAGGUCGAUCACUCGCAACAGUUGAAAGAAUUUUCCAAAAUUGAUGACAAAAGCAAGUUGAUCGAGUAUUUGAGAACGACGAACAAAGAUCUUCUUGCAUCAUUUUAUCCGCUCUCACCAAAGGGAAAAUCUCUUUAUGUGCCUUGGGUUCCAACUAUCGAGAAUCCUAACACGGUUGGUGCAUUCAUGACCAAAACUCCUGAAGAAAUUUACAGCUCAAAUGACGCACCGAUAAUGGACACAAUGUUCAGCAUUGCUUCAAAGGAAAGUGUUGGGCUCAUGCCAGAAUUGAUUGGAAAAACAGAACCGUUGAUUAAAGAGAAUGUUGAAAAAUCAGAUUUAGAGUUGCCAUUUCACGACUUCGAUAGGAGUACAUAUCCAAAAGAAUACAAUCAAACACUAGAAAAAUUAAGGAAAGUCUACUACACCGAUCCAACUAAUCCAGCAGCUGUCGAAAACGCCAAUAUUGCACUGAUGUCUGAUAUUAUGUUCAGUGAUGUUAUUCUCAAAGGUAUCAUUCUUCAAACAACGAUGAACAACAGAAGUACUGACAACAACGGUCGUAAAAACACUUUUUUCUUCCGGUUUUCAUUCGAUGCCGGACUGAACUAUGUGAAAGUCAACACUAACUUUACUUAUGAGGGUGCUUCACAUGCCGAUGAGCUGUGCUACAUGUUCCAUUGCCAUGCCUUCGAUAAAAAUAAAUUGUACGACAGUCAUUUGGAGCAAAAAGAUACGGCUUAUGAUGUGAUCAUGCGAAUGGUGAAAAUAGUCACAAAUUUUGCCAGAACUGGAAAUCCCUCAAUCGAAAAUGAUACUCCGUUUAAAGCAAUCACCUCACAAAAUGAACUUUUCUGCCAAGAAAUUACAAACGAUCCGAAGUCAAGUGUUACAACUGAUAUUAAAGAUCAAUUUCACUACGAUACAUGGCGUGAAAUCGAAGAGACAUACAGAAGAAUCAGCAGAAACCAUACAAUCAAUGUGAAAAGUUCAUCGCUGUACAUUUUCAUCCUUCUAUUGGCCCAUAAACUGUUUUAACU